AUGUGCUCGACUAACCUAAGUUUCUUUGCUUCCGAGCAAACAUAUAUAAAACUUUUACAUACUCUAACCAUAAUUGAACUUUCCACUCAUUCCUUCGGUGCAUACAUUAUUAUUACAAAAACACCGAAAAAGUUGGAAUCCGUGAAGGCCAGCAUGCUCUAUCUACAAUUUGUUGGAGCAUUUGUCGAUGUCUAUUUCAGUUGGUUAGCUAUGCCGAUUCUACUACUACCUUUAUGUGCAGGUCAUGCGAUUGGGUUACUUUCAAUUUGUGGUGUUCCAAGCUCGGUGCAAGUUUAUUUAUGGUUAUGACAGUAGUGAUCUUUCUGGAAGAUCGUCGAUAUCGGUUGGUUAACGGUCAAAAGUCAGGCAAAAUGAGAAAAUUGUACCGAUUACUGUUUGUCACAGCUAAUUAUGUUUAUGCUACAUUGUACCCUACUCCCUUAUACUUUUUCCUUCCCGACCAAAAGUAUGGAAAAUUUGUAUCGAAAAGUAAAAAUCCAUGUAUUUCGAGCGAAUAUUUAGACCAUCCCAAUUUCUUUUUGCUUGAUCUCGAUGGAAAGUAUACUUCGAUUUGUAUCCUGCUCAUGUUGAGUUCUCUGGUCUCUCAAAUGUUUUUGCAAAUUGGACUGAUUUUCCGUCAGUUGCUCAAAAACCCUUCCAUUUCUCAAAAUACGCACCGACUACAAUAUCAGUUUUUAAUUGCGAUGAGCUUGCAAGGCAUCAUUCCAAUGAUUAUCAUCGUUUUUCCAGCUUUUUUCUAUGUUGUCUCAAUUGUGUUAAAUUAUCAUAAUCAAGGUGCAAACAACUUGUCGUUUCUUUUAAUUUCCAUGCAUGGAGUUCUAUCAACGUUGACAAUGCUCAUGGCACACAGACCUUAUAGACAAUCAAUUGUCAAAAUGUUGAAUCUGAAAUUCAAUAAGGCGGGUGGUGGUGUUCAACGUAUUUGGACGCUUUCCAGAAUAAAUAAUUAA